UUUCUGGAUUGAUUGUAUCAGUUGUGAUUCAAGUGGAAACUGGAGACGGCCAGAAGAUAGUAACUAUCAGAUCACCCUUACAGGUCAACAACCACUUCCCGAUCUCAAUGGACUUAUUGUGCAAGAAGGAAGAUCAGUUGUCCUGUGUUACAACAAUUCAACCAGACAGUGUGUUCAGUGUUCCCCUAAUAUUGGCUCACAAGGCUGCACUUUAUCUUAGACCUGCGGGAUUCGGGUAUGGAGCAAGUACGACACCGCUGUUGUGGAACAAGUUGGCAUCUGAGGGGUAUUCUUUAGUUCAGUGUCCACCCCCGGGAGGCGAGGGACCACCUUUUCAUAUCGCGGUUGAUUGUGAACAAGUGUCGUACAGUGCAGUUCAUGGAUCCUUGGAGCAUGCGCCAAACUACGUCUUACACAUCUACCCAACGGCUGUUCUACAUAACUACUUGCCAUAUAAUAUUCUCUACAGUACACCGGUAAGCAGAAUGUGA